GAGUAUGCGUUUAAUCAUAAUCGAUUGCAUAACGACUCCAUGUAUUAUUGUUAUUUAUAUUUUCAUAUGAAAAAAUGUAAACACGGGACAAUGACGCAUAUACUGUUUAUGACUUGAUUAUCUUCUGACAGCUGUGUAAACGAUCCGGUAUGAUCAGCAUCAAAACCAGUGAUUUUAUUUAUAUUCAUACUCUUUUUGUUUGACUUCUAUUUUUAUCUUAAUAUGGAAACUUCAAGAAAUCGUAGUUCAGGUGACAGCAGUAAAUUGCCUUCACAGCUUUCUCCUGACGAAGGAUCUUCGUUGCUGGGAAACAGCUUCGAAGUUCAUCCAAAUGUAACAUACGGCGGUAUAACAGCUUCAUUUCCCGACGAAUCUUACACGACGAACACUCAUGAAAUGGACGACGACGUACCUAUUUGUGCGGAAGAAGAAUUGAAAAGAAAAUUAAAGUACUUUUUUAUGAACCCGAUCGAAAAAUGGAGGGCUAAAGGUAAAUUUCCAUGGAAACUGCUUCUUCAGGUUAUUAAAAUUAUAUUUGUCACUCUGCAACUCGUAGUGUUCGGAUCAGAUGGGACUGUUUAUGAAUUACAAAAGCAAAACACUGUAUUUAGUUUUCGACACAUGUUUCUGAAAGAUUGGACAUCUCUGCGCGAUGUGGUUGCUUAUCCCCCUUCUACGGGACCCUACGCUGUUUAUACUAAACCGGAAUUUUACGGUACAGUCAAUCAUGUGAUCAGGACGUAUGCAAACAUUACAAAUGUUGCUCUGGGUACGUAUUGUUACGAUCAAGUGAACUGUACAAUGUCUAAUUUAACAUUUUGUCGCAAAGAGUUUAAAAUGAUUGUUGCCUUCAACUCUUCUGUGACAUUUGAUGGUCACACAAAGGAAUUAUGCCACGACAUUCCCAGUAUUUAUCCGCCCGGUGAUCCACGUUGGGCACACUUUUCAAUUAGAACGUAUCUGUCCGAGCAAAAUGAUACGAUCUCGUUUGACAAACUGGUUUUUGCAGACUUGUCUUUCGCAUUGAAAACGAUUUUUCUUAAGAAAAUCGGUAACAAUAAAUAUCCCGAUUGUUACAGAUUUAAAAUUCGCGUUUCUUUUAAUAAUAACGAACACGAUGGACAAGUGUUAGUCGACUUGGAUACUAUCGGAGAAAAACUGAAAUGUUAUCACAAUGGUAACAUGGAUCCAGUCGACAAGUGGGGUUACGUUGCACGCCAAAUUCUAAACUGCUUCAUCAUAUCCAUAUGCAUACUCUCACUUUUGUUAUGUUUUCGCAUGCUGGCCAAAGCUCGUCUUUUGUGCACACAAACAGACACGUUUUUCAAGCAAACUCAAAAUAAAAUGUUAUCGACUGCGGAGAAAAUGGAGUUUCUUGAUAUAUGGUAUUGCACUAUGAUAUUCAACGAUGCAUUAAUAAUAGCAGCUUCAACAUUAAAGGCAGCUAUCGAGCAAAGAAGUGUCGAGAGCGACCAAUAUGCAACUUGUGCCAUUCUCCUUGGUGUCGGCAAUCUAUUAGUUUGGGCUGGCGUGCUUCGCUACCUGGGAUUCUUCAGAAAGUAUAAUAUACUUAUUUUAACCAUGAAGAGGGCCAUACCAAAUGUACUGCGCUUCACAUUGUGUUGCGUGUUACUGUACUCCGGUUUCACAUUCUGCGGAUGGGUGGUGCUCGGACCUUAUCACAUCAAAUUCCGCAGUUUGAGCAGCACGUCAGAAUGCCUGUUUGCCAUGAUGAAUGGUGAUGAUUUAUUUGCUACUUUUGCCAUAACGAACACCAAUAAUAAUUUAAUUUGGUGGUUUAGCAGAUUUUAUCUCUACACUUUUAUAAGUCUGUUUAUAUAUGUUGUGAUAUCUCUAUUUAUAUCGGUGAUUAUGGACUCCUACGAGACAGUGAAAGAUUUUUAUCAUAAUGGCAGUACCUUGACACGAAUUCAAGUGCUGAUUGCCGAUUAUCCCGAUGAUUCGUGCUCUUCUUUUUAUCAACAGAGAAGAUUACAAAGAAAGAGUGUUUGGCAAUGGUUUUCAAUGUUAGUCAAAAAAUGAUACUUUAAACACGUAAAAUAUCUUUUUUAAAUAAAAAAAUGAAUUCUUUUAGAGUUUGUGAUUAAAGUAAGAGUUCUAUUUGCGAUCUCAUCUAUGCUAUAUGUUUUUAGCCUUAACAGUGAUGGAGUAAACAUAAUAGCUCUGUAGCAGAAACCUUAGCAAUGUGACGAGUAUUAUAGAGUAUUGUGAUCAAUUCUGAAAGAAGUUUUUUUUUUUUUAAUUUUCUUUAUUUUAAUUUUGUGAUCACAAGUAUUCACAUGGUUUUAGAUCUCAAUCAUGUUUUAUUCUGACUCAGAUGUCUUACAAUCUUUGAAUUCAAUGUAAUUAGCAAUGUGUAUUUUUGUUAUAUCUAACAAAUAUUUUUUAUGCAAACCUCUCUUAAAAAUGUCAUGGUUUUCAUGUAGUAUAAUAUAUUCAGAUUGGCAUAUGUAGCCGCUUUAGCUGCCAACUCUUUGAUUUUGGUUUAAUCUAGAAUUCUCAUAAUUUUUUUUAUCUCCAAGAAAUUUCCUGAAGGAAAAAAAGUCCUUGAAUUUAAACUAGUAAUUUUAUUAAAUGAAGUUAGAUUUUAGUUUAGAAUAUGUAGUUUGAAAAACAUUUAAUCAUUUUGUUAUCAUGAAUUUUUUUUUUUUUUUUAACUUUGAAUAAUAUUCUAGAAUUAUCAUAACUCUUGAAAGCUAUUUUAAUGUCUUUUACUUUUGAGAAUUUAAGUAUAGAAUGAACAUAAGCUGUUUUGAUAUUUACAUGUCUAUACAAAAUGACAAUUGCAUAUGUAAGUCUAAUCAAUAUGUCGGUGCACACGUAAAAUUUGUAGUUAUUAAUAUUAUAAUAUACUUUUAUUAAUAUAAUCUCAAUUUAUGGAUGGAGAAUCGAGUGUAAAAAGCAAGAAGACUCUAAAACUGGAACGAAAUAUUGAAUCUUCCAAUGUAUUCUUCAGCUUAUAUUAUGACUACAAAACGAUGUAUAAAAGGUUUGAUAUUCCAGAAGUUUUAUUAUUGAGGUUUGUAUUUAAUUUUGCUGAUAAUUUUUCCAUUUAUAAAAUUUUUCCAUACUUUGUAAUUUCUAAAAGGUCAUAAAUUGAUUCUAGGAAAUUAAUGUCACAACAUAAAAUAUAAAGGUUUGCCAUCUUUUUGAGAUUUAUAUUCAGUAUUUUAUGCCUUUAGCUAACUUUAAAUAGAUUCAAGAAUUGAAUGGUUAAUAGCACUAAUAAUUAAAUCUAUGAAAACAAAAAGAAUCCAAUGGUUAGGUGGGGCAUAUAGAGAGAAUAAAAGAAAUAUUUUUCAUGGUCUGCAAAAAGGGGGUAGAGAUGGAUAGAUGAUAGAGAUCUAUAGGACUUAAGAAUAAUGAUUAUCUAAAGUGAAAAUAUGAGACAAACUGUUUUAAGGGAAGUCAUGGUCCAAAUGAAUUGUAGUAAGUCAAUAAGGUAAAUACCCCAAUUCAUAUUGUAACCAAUACAAGCACAAUAACAAUAUUAAUAAGAAGAUAUGUUUUUUUCUUCUUUAGCUCCGUAAAAAUAAACCAGAUGUAGCAACCUGGAAGUCUUGUUACAAAUUUUAACCUUUAGUGCCACCUGUACGGAUUUUUAAAGGGUUCAUCAUCCAUUAAAUUCUUUUUGUUUAGAAUAGUUUAUGUAAUUUGUUGGCACAGUUGCGUUCCCAUGUGGGUGUCAUAAUUUGAUGCAGAAAAUCCUCCUAUUGUGUAUUUUUAAAUUUCAUUAAAAAGCCAGUGACAGAGCUUUCCCCUUCAAAAUAGAGAUUUUUUAAAUGUUAUUGAGUUUAAAUUAUUAUUUUUUAUUUAAUAAUUUUUCUAUAGUGUAAGAAAUACAUUGUCGAUGCAUGAUUUUCUCUUAAUUUUAAAAAUGAAAAUUCAUCAAACAUUAGUUUUACAGGUAAAAAAUGUAAGAAAUUUUAAAAUUAAGUUUAUGUUACAAUACAAAUUACAUUAUCUCUUCAUAAAAAUUACAAUUCUAGACUAUUUUAAAACUUUCAUUUUAAGAGGAUUAAACAAAUGCCUUGUUUUGCAAUUAUAAGCAAUUUAACAAAAACAACUUAUGGUACAAAUGUUAAUAGAUGUUCUUACGAGGUCCCUACCCUCACCCUCUUGGAUUUUAGGUUAAAUUUUCAAUUUGUGUUUGCUCCCUAUUUUUUUUUAUACUUGACAAACCUUUGAAGAUGUAGUAUUAUUAGACAACAGAAUACUUUUAAAAAACAGUAGGAAAUAAAAGGGUUGCUUUAUUAGAUUAGAAGGAAUUGCACUUGAUAAUUUUUAGAACUUCUGUAAAUUUUUCCUUAAAACUUUAAAGCAAUAAAAUGAUGCGAUGUGUGGUUUUGAGUAAGUAUUUUAAAACUAUACGUUUCUCAGUUUUUAGAUUUUGUAAAAUCUAAACUUAUUGCAAUUUUGUUGAAAAGUGAUUUGGAUGACGCUAAAAAAUUUCCUUUAGCAUUAAUUGCAUUAAAAUACUUAUCAAAAAUCUAAAAUCUAAUAUUUGUUAACUAUUUAAAUAUCUUUCGAAACUUGUUAAUUGCACAAUUGUAUUUGCAUAAUUUUGUGAGAAAAAAAUUAAUAGAGAAUCUUAAAUACUGCGCACUUUAUAUAUCAAAUUCUGAUUGGGUGACAGCCUUAAAUUUUGAAUGUAUCAAAAUAUAGUGCCAUCUGGAAUAAAUAUCCAUCAUCAGUUUAUUUGUGAAAAUGGAUUAAAGGCAUAUUUAGUAUUUUCUUUCCUCAUCCCUUCGACAGUCAAGUCGAAAGAUUCUUAAUUUUUUUUUUUUUUUUAGCAGUAAAAACAUCUGUAAAGCUUUCCAUUGAAAAUGAAAUAAUUUGGCAAUUUUUUGUAAGAUUGUUCAUAGUAAUGUUUUUUUUUUUUUUAAGUAGUCCUAUAUAUAUUUUAAUUUUAGAGUAUUUUUGAGGCUGCAAAAUAAGAUAAAUUUGAAAUUGUUACGGAAAAAGCUUUUAUGUCCAGAAUUGGAGUAAAUUUUCUAUUCAGUAAUUGCACCAACUAUGUAAAAAUAAUAAAUAAAUCACAGAUAAGAACUUGAAGUAUGUAACUGAUAGCUAUCCCAAAAAACAAAUUUUUUGGGGGAAAUUUUUUAUUUAUUCCCCUAUCAAAAUUUAUCUUAAGUAUUUUACCAACAACCUUGCUUGGAAUACUUCAAUCUAGUAACCAUAGUCACCGACAGUGCUCAAGAUGACCGGCAAAAAAAUAUCUUUUGAUGGACGGACUUUACUGUGCAUUUAUACUUUUAUCUCAAUUUAUAUAGCUUUCUAAUGAAUAAAUACUGAUUUAUAAUUAACUGUACCAACUAAAUACAGCUGUUUAUAUAAUAUCUCAGUCCAUAGGCUUGUGUGAUCAAUAACAUGCGUAAAAUUAUAAGAGUCCAUUAGCUACCAAAUUAAUAUUCAAAUAUGCAUGUUUAUAAACUUUAAUUAGGAGGUUGGAAGGCAUGUCACUCUGUGUAUAUGACUCAUAAAAGAUGUAAAAAAUAUUAAAUGUUAUAAAUUGUAGUUCUAAUUACUUAUCUGCUUACUUGGAUGUGUGUCAAGGUUUGUGUUUGGGUUCAUGUUUUAAGAAUGAAAGAAGAUGAAAGUAACAUUUUAUUUGUGAAUAUAAAAUGUGUAGUCGCACCCUUGUACUUUAAAUGCAAUGCAUUUGCUAUUUAGCAUUUACUAUGUCACAGUUUUUAAAAUAUAUUUAUAUAUAAUCAUCCCAGUGCUAAAAUUAACUAUACUGUAUUAAUCUGUUUUAUAUUUAAGAUGAACUUGUCACAGUUUGCCUAUUUAACGAGCUCUUCUCGAUGCAGAAUCUGAGAUUGUCAAUUGUUGUCUAAACAAGAAAAAUUGCAUUUGAAGGAAGGGAGCAUUUGGUACUUCUCUUGCGGACCUAUUGUCGAAGCUCAUACUAAAUUUUUACUCUCUAUCCCUACUUGAAGUGGUCAAAACGCGCAACCACGGUCAAUGCCCCAAAUUAUUGACGAGGGGCGUUGUUUAGUUUGACAAACACACUAUCAAAUAGCUUAUUGCUAUAGUUUAUUGCUAUCAAAUAGUGUAUUGGUAUUCAUAACAUUACUUACCUGUCAAUAAAUGCCCACAAUAGUUGAAUGUCUUUUUGUGAGGCAGUGUUUACAAACAUUUUUUUCUUCUUUAUAUUAGAUUAGGCAACAGUAUGAAAUUCCAAUGCAAAAAUAGUUUAAUUAUUUGUUGAUAGAUGGCGCUGCAAUUCUUAUUGAAAGUUAAAUUGGCAAAGCUUAAUUACUUUGAUUACAUUAAUUUAUAUCUUAUAACUUUUUGAAAUGAAGACAACAUUUGAUGUAGAAGAUCAAAUAUGAUGUGAUGAAUGAACUAUUCUGAACAAAAUGUUGCAGAGACUAAAAAAAAUGUAACCAGAUGUUUAUUGAUCAUUAUUAUAUUUUUUUUAAAAUAUACAUUUGAUUUUGAAUAUAACAGUUUUAAUACAGCAGGCUAAAUGUUUAAAAAUUAUGCAUAAAAAUAUUGUAAGUAUCAUAUUUUUUUCUGCUUUAGGUUUUAUGCCCCUAUUUUUCAUAUUUUAUGCAUUGUUCACUUAUAUUUUUCUUGCCUUUGUCAGUGUGUUUCUCAACCUUUUUAGUAAUACCAAUCACUGAUUUUAUAUUAAAAAAAUAAAAAGUGUGCUAACUACUAAAUGUAAAAGUAAGUUAUAAUGUCCAAGUGAUACCUAUAUAAGUAUCUGUACAUGGCUGCUCAUAUGGGCUGGAAACUGCUGGCCUAUGUUAUGCAUAUUUCCGAAAUAAAAAUGUGUUUUAAUUUUAUAAAUAUUUGAAGACACAGUAUGUUUACUUCGCUAAUGUGUUAGUAUUUAACUAUGAGUUUUUCAAUUCAUUAGAAAUUAUGACCACUUGCAUAACAAAGCAUUUCAUGUACAGUAAAUGUGAAAGAGUAAAAUUUCAUCGUUUAAUAUGACAUUUAAUGAAUUUAGAGUAGUUUUUCCGACUACCUGUCUUUCUCAUAUUUUCUUUGAAUUUCCACCAGUACUUUUUUUUGUUUAACAUUUUCUUUGUUGAAAAUAUUUUUUGUUUAUCGAGGAUAAAACUUUUUGGUUUCGAUUGCAAUGCUCGAAUGCGCCAUCUGGGGAGAAAACCAGUUCCAUACCUUUGGCCCUUCCUCCCUCUCCUCCUCUUUCCGGUUGUACAGGAAUAUACUACGAUAUUUUACUCUUUCUUAAUAUUGUUCGUCUUUAAUCUGUCAAAAAUAUUUUUUUUAAACUUCAACAACGCUUUCUUUUAGAACUUUGUUCAAUGUAGUGUUCAGUUCCAAAAUUUUUUAAUCUAUUUGAAAAUCAAGGGAAGAACUAAUGUACUUCUUUCUCCUAUGACUCUCUACACGCUAAUGGUGAAAGUAUGCUAAGCAUUGCCAUAGGUAGAGAGUUCUGCUCCAAACCACCUGUAGUCCAUUUCGAUCUCCAAUUCUGUUUAUAAACUCACACAGACCAAUGAAUUAAAAACCUUUAACAUUUUCUAUUAAAUUGGUUAAAUGUUCUCUAGUAUGCAAAACCUGUUGGGAUAAAACCUCCUCAAAAUGCUUGCAUAAAUAACACAUUAAAUGCACUAGAAUG